UAUUGGUUGGCUCUGGAGUCCCCUUCAUUCAUCUGCUUGGCUUUUUUUUCGGGUUUAUUGUUUCUCUCCGUUUGGAAAUACAACAGGGAAAACUCACCAGCGACAUGGCAGGAGGAAAAGCUGGAAAGGACAGUGGCAAAGCCAAGGCAAAGGCUGUCUCUCGCUCCCAGAGGGCUGGACUCCAGUUCCCGGUGGGUCGUAUCCACAGACACCUGAAGACCCGGACCACCAGCCACGGCAGAGUGGGAGCCACCGCAGCAGUUUACAGCGCCGCCAUCUUGGAGUACCUCACGGCUGAGGUGUUGGAGUUGGCAGGAAACGCCUCCAAAGAUCUGAAGGUGAAGCGGAUCACUCCGCGUCACUUACAGUUGGCCAUCCGCGGAGAUGAGGAAUUGGACUCCCUCAUCAAGGCCACCAUCGCUGGAGGAGGUGUGAUUCCUCACAUCCACAAGUCUCUGAUUGGAAAGAAGGGCCAGCAGAAGACUGCAUAGAGGACGUGACCUCACACACCACCAGGAAGGAAAGGGCAGCCAUAUUGAUUUAGUUUCGCGUAUUUGUUUGGGUAAUUUUGUAACCGUAGUUGUACUCUUUCCAGGGAGAUGUGUAGUCUUUGAGGUAUGUGUUGGUUUGUACUGUUUUAAAGCUGAAAGGUGGGGUGUUUAAGGAAAGGUUUUCUCUGACAAGAAACUUGUACAUUUUGUACAUAGACCAACAAAUGCUGAAGUUCUUGUCAUGUUCUGAAAAAGUUUGAGUUGAUUGGAUUUAGCUCCAAAAGUGUUUUAUACUUACAAAAGUUAAAUAUUUUAAACAGAA